AUGGCGCGGGGAGGCUCCAGACGACGGGGGUGGUCCUAUUACGGAUUAGACGUGGGAAGCUACCAGCACGGGAUUUACGCAACCCAGGCCGACCAAUCCGAGAUGGACGAGCUGCUCGCGGAAACCUCCUGGUUCCGCCGAUGGGAAGGGAGGUGUGCUUGGAGGAGGAGCAGGUGCUCGACUGGCCAGGUCGGCAGACCGAUUCCGUUUUUUCUGAGCGGCGGCAAGGACAAGAAGCUGGGUACCGGCUUUGUGCGGGGCAAGAUGCAGGAUCGCGUGUUCGGCUUCACGGCGAUCAGCGAGCGGAUGUGCAAGUUGAGGAUAAGAGGCCGUUUCUUCAACUACAGCAUAAUCAACGUGCACUGCCCCCACGAGGAAAAGUCCGAUGAUGAAAAGGAAGCAUUCUACGCGACGCUGGAGGAGGUGUAUGACGGCUGUCCGCGGCAGGAUGUGAAAGUCAUCAUUGGGGAUUUGAACGCUCGGUUUGGGAGGGAGGAAAUGUAUCGGCCGACAAUAGGCCCAGAAAGCCUGCACUCGGUCACGAACGACAACGGCCAACGCUGCAUUGACUUUGCAGCCUCCCGAGGAAUGGUGCCGGCGGCCCCUCCGUUCAACACCGCGUGUCUUCAGAACGGAGAAGUGGCCCACAGGUACGCGCAGCAGCUGGAAGCGAAUCUGCCAGGUGAGGAGGAACUUGGCGCAGCCUCGCUCGAAGAUGGUUGGAGUCGCAUACGCUCAGCCAUCGGCAGUGCAGCGGAAGCCACACUGGGUAGUGCGAUCCGAGUCAGCCGAAACGAUUGGUACGACGACGAGUGCCAACGGAUUACCGCCGAGAAGAAGGCAGCUUACGACAGGAAGCUGCACAAGGCGACGAGAGGGAACGUGGAACGAUGCAGGCAGGCUCGGAAUCGGCAGGUCGCGGUCUUCAAGCUCAAAAAGCGCCAGCAGGAAGACCGGGAUUGCACAGAAAUGGAGCAGCUAUUCCGAGCUAACGAGUCGCGGAAGUUUUACGAGAAGGUGAACCGGUCCGCAAAGGCUUCGUGCCGCGAGCCGAUGUGGAAGCAGUACUUCAACGAGCACCUUAACGGCGAUGAAGCGGACGGAGACGGCGUUGGAGUCAACCUUGAGCGCCCGCAGCUGAUGAACAGUUCCCGGCGCCUGAUCUAG